UCGAAAUCGUACAUAUUUGACAUUUCGUCGGUAAAAUGCUUUAAAUUCUGAAUUGAAAGAUCCGAAAAUACCUUCACAAAAACGCAAAUUAUUCUUUUACUCUGGAUAGCUGCAUUGAUAAUUAAAAAUAUAUUUUACAUUGAUAAAUUGAAUACGCUUUUUAAAAAAAAUGGUUUUCUAUUUUGUAAGCAACGUUGUGUCGCCUCCAUUCACAAUUUUUAUGGGAGCGGAAAAACAUGAAAAUGAAGACUUAAUCAAAUGGGGUUGGCCCGAAGACGUUUGGUUCCACGUAGAUAAAGUAUCUUCCGCUCACGUUUAUUUGAGGCUUCAGCCGGGCCAAACGAUCGAUGACAUUCCAUCUGCUGUGAUCGAAGAUGCCGCUCAGCUCGUCAAAGCAAAUAGUAUCAAUGGCAAUAAAAUGAAUAAUAUCGAUGUGGUGUACACAAUGUGGGAGAAUUUGAAGAAAACGCCGGCGAUGGAAGUUGGACAGGUGUCGUUUCAUCGUGACAAAGAUGUGCGUAAGAUUCGAGUCGAAAAGCGAAUUAAUGAAAUUGUGAAUCGAUUGAAUAAAACGAAAACAGAAGAGCAUCCAGAUUUCCGAGCUGAACGUGAAAAACGAGACGCGGCGGAGCGUGAGGACAAGAAGAAAAUUUUACGUGAGCAAAGAGAAAAGGCUAAAGAAGAGGAGCGCAAACGAAAAGAAGAAUCUGAACUGCGAAGCUACUCCAGUCUGCAAGCAAAUGAAAAAAUGCAAUCAAACUAUGACGACGGCAAUGAUUCGGAUGAUUUUAUGUAAUGGCAUUUGAAAACGAAAAAAAAAAACAAUAAAAAUAAUUUCUUUUGAAAAUCAAUUUAAGAAA